AUGGCCGACAACAAAACCAUGGUUUCUCCCUCUGGCAGGGCUCCAUCACCUCAGCCUUCGGUACGAGCUGCUGAUAUGAACAUAACAAGAGAUGUCCCAAGGUGGAAAUAUAUAUGGCACCACAGUUUGACCCAGAUGAUUCUUCUGAGCAUUCAGGCUUUCUGUGGUCCUGCCAUGUCUGAUGCCAUUGCUGGCCUCGGUGGCGGUGGUCUCGCAACUCCUCAGGUCUCCAACAUCUCGACAGCCCUGCGAUAUGCUGCCCUUGCCUUUACCUGCUUCAUGGGAGGCCCCAUCGUGAACAAAAUCGGAGUCAAAUGGGCUUUGGUGAUUGGCUCUAUGUCCUUCCCCAUCCAGGGCUCUGCAUACUACUGCAACAGCAAGUUCGGCAACCAAUGGUAUCUCAUCCUUAGUGGCGCCAUCGGUGGCAUCGGUACGGGCUGUUGGUAUGUCGCCGAAGCUGGUGCUAUCAUGACUCUUGCUCCUUCAGGAGCGCGUGGUAAAUACUUGGCACUCUGGAUUGUGUCGCGAAACCUUGGUCAGCUGGUUGGUGGUGCGAUUAAUCUGUCGAAGAACCAUGAGAAAGGUGUUAGUGGUGGAGUCACUCCCGACACUUACAUUGCCUUUCUCAUCAUUGAGUGUCUAGCCCUGCCGUUUGCCUUCAUGAUCACCCCCUUUGAGCAUGUCAUUCGAUCGGAUGGUACCAAGAUCGUUACUACCGAGACCCUCUCUACCAAGCUUGAGGUUAAGCGCAUCGCAAAGACCAUGACCUCGCGACUUAUCAUUCUGUCGUCGAUCUGGGCGGUCUGGUCUUUCUUCUAUAGCGUUGGCUGCUUUGGUCUCGGCUUCAUUCUAGAUGCUAAGAAACUGGCACAACGUCGUCGCGCCCAGAUCGGCCUUUAUACUGUUGUCAUUCUCAACGUUGGAGUCUACAUCUGGUCCAUCAUCAUGCAAGCUCGAUUUGAUCGCAACGACCCAGGAGCUAUCGACUGGGACGACAGCCUCUUUGCUACCUCCUUCUUGCCAUAUUUCUUUGUGCAGACUACUGGACCACUGUCCCAAUCGUACAUGUACUGGCUUCUGUCAUCGUUCGCGACCGAUGCGCAAGAGAACGUCCGGAAUGGAGCUGCGUUCCGAUGUCUUGAGGCCAUUGGCCAGGCUAUCGCAUAUGGCAUGAACACUCAGACGAAGAGCGAUCCGCUCGUUGGAUUCUGUGUGACCUUUGGCCUGUUAGGUGCCUCGCUUCUGCCCAUGAUCAUGCUGGUCAACACUACACCCGAUAGGAUCCCCGCGGACGAAAUUGCGGAGCAACAGGCGGCACUCGGAGAGAAGUUCGCAGACAUCGAAGGCCAGGCCGUGAUCAUCGACGGAAGCUCCACCAAGAAAUAA